GGGCGGGGCGGGCACGGGUGCGCGGAGGGAUCUGUCGGCCGGUGAGUGGGUGCGGAGCGGAGAGUGGUGGUAUCUCCGCGGUGCCUCUCCGCCCGCUUCUACUCCGCCGUGAGGGCGGGCGGGGGCCCAGGCCUGGGUCGGCGGUCCUCCCGGGGCCUCGGGGGGCCUAUGCCAGCCGUGGGGCGGUGUGGGGGCGGCUGCCCGUGCUCGGCGUAUUAAUGCUGGGCGAGGAGGGGGCGGGCGGUGCAGAACGUAGAUUUACGUAUGGAGCGAUCCCCUGCGCUUCUCCCAGCCGGCAGUCCGGCCCGGCCGCGCUGUGCAGGCCGCCCGCCCCGCUGCAGCCUCAGCACGUGGGUCUGACACGCGGCUCUGCACCGCUUUUUGGUCACAACCCCAGGCAGCCCUGCGGGGUUGGGGAGGAGCGGCUGUUCUUGGUCUGUGGCUGCCCCGGGUUCACAUCUCCAUGUUGUCCCUCCUUCCUUCCUAUAAAACACAAGAAAACCGGUUCCGUUUUGUAUGCAGGUUUGUCAGGCCUUCUUUUCUGACGUCUCCCCCGCUGGGAUCUCCCGCAGUGGCUGUUUGAUGCUACCAGUCCCAAAGCCUUGCAGCUGGCUGACAGUGCAUGGGGGUGGCAUCCCAGAUGUGUGGGGAGUUUAGUUUCACGUUGGGAAGACCCUAUGAAACAGAUGCACUUAUGGCCUAGCACCUUUCAGUUUCUUCCGGCUGGACCAUGAAUUGCUGUGGAGGAUUGUUGUGGUUUGGUUACUUUGGCUGCUGUACUUCAUACGCUUUGUCCUGUCAGUCACUCUUGUGAAAGUUGGCAUUCUUGUACAUUGGGCAGUGCUCAGGUAACUUGUCAGAUCCUUGAGCAAAAGCUGAGCUUUCACUACAUUGCUUUUCAGAUGUAAAGAUCUGAAUGCUUCUUUUCAAAGGAGAGGUCCUUUCUGUGUCAGGGUGAUUUCUGUUUGGAGCAGGACGGCUCAGAGAAGCUGCUGCUCUGCGUGCCUGCUCGGCUGCCUGCCGCGGGUGGAGACCUGGGCCUUGGAUCCUUGCAUUCCGCAGCUGGAGCAUGAACAGAGCCCCUUGCUUUUCAGGUAGCAAGGCACGUGUCCAGCUUUGGAGUAACUUCUGUCCCCUGAUGGAGACUUGUUCACCUCCAGCCAACUCUCCUGAUGCUGUAUCGCUGCCCAGGUUUUCUUGGCACGUUUCAUACGUCAUCAAUGACAGGCUCUGUGCCUCAAAUGCUAACACGGGUGGCUUGGGAAAAAUACUGCUAUGUUUUACUCAGUUGCAUACUGGUCUUAGUUCUAUGCUAUGCUAGAAUAGUCUUUUCUGAAGUUGCAUGUGUACGUUUUAUAUUCUUGGUAAGAGAUUGCAGGGGCUAACAGCAUCCUUCCUCCCCUCACAGAGGUUAACAGCACCAGUUCCCAGUUGCACUACUAUUCCUGGGCCUUCCAGUAGUCUUUCAUUCCUCCCUUUAGUUAAGGGAUAUUUAUUGCAAUGAGGUUACUUCUUCAGGGUACCAUAAAGGGCUGAGUACUGGAAACUGGCAGAGCAGCAACGCGUCCCUCUGCUCGUGCAGGCAUCGUGCAGUAUUUCUGCAUUACACAGAUGGGUAGGGAAGCCUGACCUGUGGCCAUGAGUCAGGUUGAACUCUCCUCUGGCAGAAAAGUGGUAGCUAGUCAGCUGUGGUGUGGUCUGGAGGUAAAAGUUCUGGAGGAGCAGCUGCCUGCUUUAAGAGAAUUUUUGACGUAGCUUUGUGAAUAUGUGUCUCACCUUGAAUACGUGCCUCCUGAGCAUUCCUCCUGAGUAGUGCUGUGGCUCUGGAAGGAUCUGACUGCAUCUUCUGUAGUUAUGGGUAAGCAGUGAUGCACAGACAGGCAGUUCCCAAGCUUCUGCUGUAGGAGCACAGGCACAUCUGUGCACAGGAGCUGCGCUGUAUCUCACAGAGUGCUGGUUUCCAGAUGUCUGUAUGUUCCUACGAAUGGAUGGACCAAAUGUACUGGGGCACAGAAAGACCAUGAAAGCCCUUAGGAAUUUUUGAUCCCACAGUUAAUUGCUGCUCGGUUCCUGAAGCUUUACUAUGAAAACCAAAAGGAAGAUUGCUAAAAAGGAGCUAAAAUAAUGUGUGUAGAAAAAAGAUGCCUCUACUUGUGUGCCCGCCCUUCCACCAAAACAACGGAUCUUAGUGUGUUGGAAAAUGGAUGACGAUGAUGAUGACAUUCCCCAGCUUUCAUCCCAUACAUUGGCUGCCCUCCAGGAAUUCUAUUUGGAACAGCAGCAGAGAGAGGGCAUGAAGACCUCCCAAGGGUUUAAUCAAUAUUCUGUUGGCUCAAUAGAAGAAGACUGGCAACUGAGCCAGUUCUGGUACAGUGAUGAGACUGCAUCAUGCCUGGCUAAUGAAGCAAUUGUGGCUGCAGGAAAAGGUGGCAGGAUAGCCUGUGUCAGUGCACCGAGUGUGUACCAGAAGCUGAGAGAACAGGGUGGCGCAGAUUUUUCCGUGUGUAUCCUGGAGUAUGACAGAAGGUUUUCUGUGUAUGGAGAAGAAUUUAUCUUCUAUGACUACAACAACCCUUUGAACUUACCUGAACAUCUCCUGCCGCACAGUUUUGACAUCGUAGUAGCAGAUCCACCCUAUCUGUCCGAGGAGUGUCUUCAAAAGACUGCAGAGACCAUCAAAUACUUAACCAAAGGAAAGAUUCUGCUUUGCACAGGUGCAAUCAUGGAGGAACAGGCAGCAAAGCAUCUUGGUGUGAAGAUAUGCAAGUUUAUUCCAAAACACUCUCGAAAUUUAGCUAAUGAAUUUCGAUGUUAUGUGAACUAUGCUUCUGGACUGGACUGAUUCUUGGGAGAAGAUCUCUAACUUUCUCAAUCAAGUUACUUUGUAUUUUUUUCUCAGUGACUCCACAACCCUGAAAAGUUCCACUCCAAGCAGUAUUUUCUCGGCUAGAAUUAAUCAACACAGGAUGGUAGUGUUUCUCUUUUAAAUGUGUAAGCAUUGGCAAGUGUUGUUUACCUUACUUGUUAGGUAAGUGGGGACACAAACAAUACAGGUUCUGCAUAAUGGGAACUUCUUUGUUAGAGUUCCAUUCCGACCAGUAGUUUUUACCACUGGAGUACUUUUCAUUGACCUCUCUGAAGUGAUUUUAGCUGGUUGGCCUCUAACACCACUUAAGUGCCUGCCCCACAGACGUCAGAACUGUCCGCUGCAUCAAAACUGAUGACUCGGUAGCUGACGAUAGAAAGAGCAUGAAUAUUGGUCUCACCUUUGAGGGCUGUUUGUUCUCAACAUGACGUGUUCAGAUUCAUUAUCCAGCAGGCUGAUAUUUUUAUAAAGAAUAACUAAAGAGAAAACACAUCUCAUUCUGGGUGGGUCUCUCCAGUUCCUUUUUAUAUUAAUCAAAGAUUUGCCAACUAAGAUAAGACCUACUAACUAUUAUUGUCACCAGAGUGGUUUUAAAAAAGAAGCAAAAUGCAGUUCUUGUUUCACCUUUUAUGGUUUUUUCAAAAACCCAGACUUUGUUUUUGUAAAAGAUAAGAUCUAUUUUGUCAUCAAUCAUCACCAUGUAAACUUGUGUGUGUGUGUCAUGCUUGAAAAAAGUCAUGUUAAACAUCUCUGUGCAGCAGUACAGUGCAUUUAUUUUGCAAUGCAGAAUAAACAUGAGCAACAAAAACUGAUGAACUUUAAAAACAAAGCAAGAAAUACCCAACUAGACUUUUGUAUUCACUAGCUCAGCUUAUCUCUAAAUGUUGGUAUAAACCUCAUGUCUCCUUGAGAAAAUCACAGUAAGGAUUCCCCCCAGAGACAGAGCUUUGCUUUCAUUAAGAAUCCUAUAUGUAAGUGUGGCAAAAUCAGCCUAAAAUAUGAAGUAAAUGCCACACAUCAGCCAGUUGUCUAAAUUAGUGCUUCAGGCUGUGUCCAUCAGUUCUCCCUUUGAAUUACUCCUAUUGCUGGCUAGGAAACACUGCUUGUGUAGUGACAUGGGUCGCACAUGUGCAUUAAAUCUUGAAUCACUAUGGAUCUGAUUAAACACAGAGCCUGCAUUUUCAUUGAUUUCAAUAUCAAGUUAAAGAUAAUUUACAGAUAUAUCAAGUUUAUAGUUCCAAGAACAGGCCUUUUUUUCUGAAUACUGAUUUUUAUCUUGGUCUUCUGUUCUACAGACAGAAGUGUUAGGAGUAGAACAGAAAUUGUUGGAUCUUAAAAGGCCGAUGAGGUAUAACGUUUGAUAAUAAACUUCUACUGUUUCUAACAGGCAAAUAUUAAAUUUUAUAUGAAAGGGUUUGGCUGUAUUUCAAGCAAUUUCUGUCAAAAUAGAUGAUGCAUUAAAAAAAUCUUGGGAUAGAUGGGAAUGUCAAUAAAAGAACACUUUUAGAGCCAGUUUUCUCUAA